AUCACUGACUCGGCUGGGCACAUCCUAUACGCCAAGGAGGACGCCACUAAGGGCAAGUUUGCCUUCACCACUGAAGACUAUGAUAUGUUUGAGGCCUGUUUUGAGAGCAAGCUUCCUGUGGGAACAGGGAGGAUGCCGGACCAGCUCGUGAUUCUGGAUAUGAAGCAUGGAGUUGAAGCAAAGAACUACGAAGAGAUUGCUAAAGUGGAGAAGUUGAAGCCUCUGGAAGUAGAGUUGAGGCGCCUGGAAGAUCUUUCGGAGUCCAUCGUUAAUGACUUUGCCUAUAUGAAGAAACGAGAAGAGGAGAUGAGGGACACGAAUGAGUCGACAAACACCCGAGUUCUGUACUUCAGCAUUUUUUCCAUGUGCUGUCUCAUCGGACUGGCCACCUGGCAGGUUUUCUACCUGCGUCGCUUCUUCAAGGCCAAGAAACUGAUUGAGUAAAGGAGCAGGUCCUCCCCACCUCCUCUCAGACCCAGCUGGACACCGCUGGGACUCGGCCACGGCCCCCUGGAGCCAUCUCACCAAUAAUACCCACUGACUGGAGCUUUCUGCAGGAACUUGGACCCUGAAGGGAAAGGGGAGCCUAAACAUUGGAGGCAAUGGGGGACUUGUGAAAUCCUGUUGGAUGUUGGGGGGG